AUGAAUCCUCAAGUAGAAGCCCAAGCUAAACCAGUGGUGACUCCGCAAGCAACAGGAGCUCCUGCUCUUCCUAAAGCUACCCAGGAAUCUCAGAAACCAGCUACAAAUCUCCAGGGUGAUGCCAAGAAAGAGCAAGACGGGAAGCAAGUCCAACCUACUCCUGUGCCUGAUUACAAAUCUAAGAUCGACUCUUCACUGUUUGAUGUAGAAGAAGGACAAGAGAAUGGCCUUAGAACUCUCAACCUAACAAUCAAGGAGGCUGUCUUGUAUCUGGACGAAGGAAAGCCUACUCUUGCAGUACUUGUUACCAGGGAUACCACUAAUUAA